CACUAGCAUGGCGGCACGUAGAGCAGGAAUUCCGCCUAUGCGACGAUGACAGCGUCGCUGAAGAGAUAACAGCGGUAAUGACUGUUGUACGAUAGUACAGGUCUGUUGCCCAGCAACAUAAAACCCCAGUUACCCUAAGGGUCAGCUAACCUGGUGCGAUCGGCUCGGCAGCAGCAGCCUCUCUGUCAGACUUGACAAGACUGCGGAUGAAGCCAAGUUUGUGCCCUGAUGCUCUGAGCUGGACCGGUGCCUUUACUCCGCUUCAAGUCCUCGUCUGGAAGCUCAUUCCUGCCGAAUUGUUUUAGAAAGAUGGAUCUUCUCAGUGUGCUGCAUUUCGACGAACUGUCUCAUGGACUGGCAAACUUGUCCAUGUUUCCUUACUUUGACAUGGCGCAUUAUAUCGUGUCUGUCAUGGCUCUGAGGGAGCAGCCAGGAGCUCUCGAGGUGUCCAGAGUCAGCCCCUUAGCCUGCUGGUUCAGCUCCAUGCUCUUCUGUUUUGGGGGAGCAGUGCUGUCGGGGAUCAUGCUGGCAGAGCCACCAGUCGCUCCUUUGUCCAACAGCACCGGUGUUCUCCUUGCUUCAGUCAUAUGGUACCUGGUGUUUUACUGCCCCAUGGACCUGGUGUACGCAUGUGCGUCGCCGCUGCCCCUCAGACUGGUGCUGUCAGGGAUGAAGGAAGUGACGAGGACGUGGAAGGUCCUUGGAGGGGUGACUCAGGCUCACAGCAAAUACAAGGACGGCCUUCUUGUUAUGAUUGCCAUCGGAUGGGCUAGAGGUGCUGGAGGUGGUCUGAUAAGUAAUUUUGAGCAGCUUGUUCGAGGAGUGUGGAAACCAGAGACAAAUGAGCUCCUCAAAAUGUCUUAUCCCACAAAGAUUACCCUGAUCGGGGCGGUGCUGUUCGCUCUGCAGCAGACACACUACCUGCCUCUCCAGAAGCACCACCUGAUGUUCAUUUACACCGUCUUUAUUGUUGUCAACAAGUCAAGGAUGAUGCUGACGGGCUCUUCCACCUCACCCUUCGCCACCAUUGAGUCAGCCCUCUAUAAGACCCUCUUCGCCGGCUACUCGCCUUAUGCCGCCCUCACCAGUGAGGUGAAGAGCGCUUGUAUCGAUAAUAGCAGCAUGAACAAGACAACCACCACCAAAGAGUCCAGUGAGAAUGGAUCACCGGGGCAGCAAACCCCAGCUUCUCCAGCCACGGGACAGAGCAGCUCGCUCGAAGCCAAAGAGGAGUCACCGAACGCAGCGGCAACAAACUGCAAAAAGACCAACUAGUCAGCCUUCACCCUGUAGCGCCUUUUCACCUCUAAGCAGGGCUGGAGUCAUUUAUGAUUCACACAUUUCAAGUCAGGAGUUCACUUUAACUUUAUUUUUCCAUUUUGUCUUUUGUGCAGGGACACGCUUAUUGUUCUACAGGCUAAAAGGCCAUGUUUUUUUUUUCUCCAAAAGAUUUCUUUUGCAUUUCUUAGAAAGCGAUUUCAAGCUGGCUGCUGAAAAGGAAUUUCAAUAAAAGCCAACUCCAGCAAAGCCCUGCACCUUAUAUUCUGGGAUAAUCACCACAUCCUUAAAGUACUUUAAUGCUUUUCCUGCUGUUGGAUAUGAAGAUCAAACUAUCUCUGGGCUGUAGCUUAAUUUUUGAAAUAUAUAUUUAUAAUGGGAACAAUCAAUUUCAGGGGUUUUGGGGACCAGUGCUGUGCACCUGCUGAUCUACGAAUGUACUUCAUUCCUCUCUGUAUAUAUUCUGCUUUGUGUAAAUGCUAAAUUUCUUACUCUGAAGUGGUUACAUUUUUUAAGAAAAAAAAAAGAAAUUCUAUUCUAUGACAUCCAGAGAUUUUAUUUUAUUUAUACAUAAUGAUUUCACUCUUGAAUGUGUAACAUUUUGAAAUGGAGCACAGUCUUAUUCAGUCACUCUGGCGAAUGCUUUGAAUGAUGAUUGAAAGCAUGAGAAUAAACAGGUUUGAAUGCAUGUGA